AUGACUAGUACACAUAUUCCUCACCUUGCUGACAUGGGCACGUUCAAGCAGUUGAUCGUCCAUGGCCAACCGUUUCUCAUACGUGGCGCUGAGCUCCAGAAUUCCUCCUUCUCUUCUGCCAAGUUCAUGCGCGAGCUUUGGCCGAGGCUCGUUGGCAUGAACCUCAACACGGUCCUCGGAAGCGUUACGUGGGAGAUGAUAGAGCCAGUUGAAGGGCAUUUUGACUUCUCGGAAAUCGAUCGCAUUAUUCUCGAUGCGAGAAAUGCUGGGCUAAAGCUAAUACUGCUAUGGUUCGGAUCAUGGAAAAAUGGCAUGUCCAACUACGUCCCAUCCUGGGUGAAACUGGCUCCGGACAGGUUCCCUCGGGUUUGGCUGCAAGACACAGGCAACCGCCUGAAAGCCACCGAGAUCAUCACACCUCUCUGCGCUGCAUCCACCGAGGCCGAUGCCACUGCCUUUGCAACUUUGAUGAGGCACCUCAGAGAGCUUGACGAGAUGCACUCGACAGUUAUACUCGUACAGCCCGAAAACGAAUGCGGCAUUCUGGGAGAUUCACGUGAUCGCAGCGACAUCGCUGAACUUGUCUAUGGGCAGCCGGUUCCUGAAGAUCUUGUGGCAUUUCUCGAACACGACUGGGACAGCUUGCAUCCAGACCUGAAGCAUCAUUUCGAGAUGCCUCGCCCCUUGGCCUUCAGCGACAAUGCAAAUUCCACCUGGGCCAAGACGUUUGGCGAAGGCCCCUACACCGAUGAGCUGUUCAUGGCCUAUCAUUAUGCCAAGUAUGUUGACGUCGUCGCCAGGGCCGGCAAGAAGGAGUAUCCCCUACCAAUGUUCUGUAACUUUUGGCAGAACUACAACGGCGAGGGCUCUGAUAACGACUUCCCUGUCCUGGCUGGAGGCGGCGGCAUGCCCGGUGACUAUCCCUCCGGUGGUGGUAUCAGCAAUGUCUUGGAUAUAUGGAUGCGUUUUGCGACAGCCAUCGACUUUAUCUCACCCGAUGUUUAUCUCAACGACUAUAUACACAUUUGCGAAACAUAUCGGCAUCGGAACCAGCCCCUUUUCAUCCCUGAGCAGCGUCGUGAUGAGUAUGGGGCUCGCCGACUUUGGAAAGCCAUCGGUUCAUAUCACGCGAUCGGCGCUUGUCCGUUCGGUGUCGACAGUCUCCCGGAAGGUGAGACGUGCGCCUAUACCCGACACUUUGGGCUAAUUGCCCAUGUCUCCGACCUUGUCCUCGAAGCUCAGCAAAGGCCUGGAGCCAUUGUUGGUUUCUUCUUUGACGAGGUUACAGAAGACUACGUGGAAUCAGAAGACCCGAGUACCGUGGUAGAGAUGGGAGGAUAUCAAGUGACAAUUGAGCGUUCCUUUGUGACGGGCGGACCUGGGCCCGGAUACGGCAUUGUUAUUCUUCACCAGGAGAACAACUACCCUAACGAAACAAGGUUUUUGCUUAUUGGCCAAGGUUUCCAAGCUAUCUUCAAAUCCCUCGACCCGAGAUCUUAUUACACGGGGAUUUUGAGAUUUGAGGAGAAGGAAUUCAACAGUUCGAGCGGCAAACUCGAUACCUUGAGACGGCUCAAUGGGGACGAAACAAGAAGUGGACAGUUUGUCAUCAUGCCGAAUGACGAUCCGGAUUACGCAGGGUUCCCAAUCAGUAUCACAAUCCCAGCGAGGACUCGAAUUGCUGAAUGUAGUAUUUAUAGCCUGCUAAAGUAG